AAAGGAACAAAAAAGACAAUGGGAAGUGCUGGCCCUUGCGUACCGGCCACCGGUGACGCGCCGCCCGACUAUGGGCCACCAAAUACCUAGGUAGUUGACGACUCCCAAGAUGGGAAUAAUGUGGCGCGUUGGCAAACGCCUGAAGCGGAACUCGAGAGUCGAACGGGGCGUACAAUUUCAUUACCGCCGUUGCCCUCGAUGCUCGAGGCGCCUUUUUCACUAGUUGGAAUGCACAAAGGUGUAAAUUGGCCCCCCCGGAGGCGCGGGAACAAGAUCAAACCCGGGAUCGGACAUCUUGUCAGGCGACUCUCACUCACUCACUCUCUUGCCAAUUGCCUGCCCGUGGACAGAGUUGGCUUUGGAAAGUUGGAAAAACUGCCGCCCAUUAUCUUUUUCCUGUCUGCAAGCCUGCAGGGCCCUUCUAUCUGGCUGCAGGUGCUGCAUCUGCAGGCUGCAGCGCUUCAAUGUCGGCCGAAUUACAGGAGAGAGAGAGAGAGAGAGCGAGAGAGCCCCCACGCCAUACAACAUACCCGAAGAGUUGCGAGUCGUGAUACUUGCGGCGUUCUGUCCACAGUGUCCACGGUACCCUGCCGAGUACCGAUGAAGCGAAGCGGGUCAAGCAACGGUUCGACUCGUUUGAUCUCCCUCAGGUGUUGGGGCCUCCCUCGCCUUGUUGUUGCGCCGAGCCAGGAGGGCCCAGGACUAGGCCAGAUGAAAAUCGCCCGAACACUUUUAUUCUGUUGUUGGAACUUGGCGGCCUAGGAGAGACUUAAGAAGAGAGAGACAGACGGGGGAGGUUUGACUGAUGGUCGAGCGUUUGCAGGUGUCAGCUAUCAUGCGGAACGCACGACUCGCAUCACCCGUCCGUUCGACGUGUUCGU